CUUCCGGCCUGCGCAAGAUGGCGGCGCCUGUGCAGGCGCCCAUUGUUUUCCGGCUGUUGCUCCUCGCCGCGCUGCCGGCCGCCGGGUGGCUGGCGACCUCGGUGCUCCCGGAGAACAGCAUAAAAAUUAAUGUCACCACCCUGAGCGAUGAUGGGGAAGUAGCCAAAGAACAGGUGAUUCUGAACAUAACCUAUGAGAAUGGACAGGCAUAUGUCAAUGACAUCCCCGUACAUAGUGGUGUGACCCGAAUAAGCUGUCAAACAUUGAUAGUAAAGAAUGACCAUCUGAACAAUUUGAAGGAAAAAGAAUAUUUUGGAACUGUCAGUGUAAGAAUCUUAGUUCUCCACUGGCCUAUGACAUCAGAUCGCAGCUUGCAGCUAACUGUCAUUCAAGAAGAAGUGCUAGAGAUCGAUGGAAAACAAGCUCAACAAAAAGAUGUCACAGAAAUGGCUCUUUUAGUUAGGAACAUGAGAGUCCUCAGACGCUCAAACUACACACUGUCCUUGGAGGAAAGCAUGCUGUACUCAAUUCCCCGGGACAAUGAUGUUCUGUUUACCCUUCCCAAUCUCUCUAAAAAAGAGAGUGUUGGUUCGUUGCAAACCACCAGCCCGUAUCUGAUCAGGAAUGUGGAAACUACAGUAGAUGAAGAUGCGCUGCCUGGCAAGUUACCUGAAACACCCCUCAGAGCGGAUCCCCCAUCUUCAUAUAAGGUCAUUUGUCAGUGGGUAGAGAAGCUGAGGAAGGAUUUGUGCAGGCUCUGGAACAGUGUCUUCCCAAUCUUCUUCAUGUUUUUGAACGUCAUGGUGGUCGGGAUCGUUGGGGCCGCUGUGAUAAUAAAUGUCCUCAAGUUGCUGUUCCCGAUUCGUGAAUACAAAGGAACUCUUCAGUUGGCUAAAAUAGGUGUUGUGCCUGUGACAGCUAUCAACUUCUAUCCAGAUGGUCCCGAGAAAACAGCAGAAAAACUUCAAGACAAACCAUGUGUGUGAAAUACCAUCUCAGAUCACAGACUCUGAUUAUAAGACUGUUGACUCAGAAUUUGCAACUUGAAUAUAAUUCUUCGAAUCAAUGAAUCCUUUUAUACACUGUAAAUUGCUAAGCUCCUAAAACUGCCCCAAAUUUGGCCUUUAAAGUGUCUAUAUCAGGGCUGGCUGUUGAAGUGUCAAAUUUUUAAGGAGAAUUUAAACAAAAUGGAAAACUUGUGGAGAAACUUCAGAAUACCAAAAGGAAAUUAAAAGGCAUGACAAAAAUGCCAUGUGCCAAUAUACUCUCCCCACCGUGACUUUGUUAAGGAAAUGUAUCCAUUUUUAUUAUGUAAUGUAUAAGAUUAUGAAAAGCACUUUAUGAAAUUCUAAUUUAAAAGCUCAAGGACAUAACACUUAUUUUUUUUAUUCAGUAAAAUGUGCCUUUAUAUUGACUCAGUAUAAAAUCACUGAAGUGUAUCAUGAUUUAAUUGUAUCCUGUACCUAGACUACUUUACUUUGAAUACACCAGGAUAUAAAAAGUGAUAUUUCCUCACUCUAAAAUAAAAAAAAUUUUGAAGAAAAA